UUUUCUCGGUGGCCGCCUCUUCUAUCCGGUACACGCGGUCGAGUAAUACGUUGGACACGCGUAAUCGCGCGCAAACGGAAUUUCGAGACGUCUUUACGACGUCGCGGAGAUCUCGCCGGUGUUUAUGGUGUUGCUGUAAUCGCAGUCGCCAGAAGGAAACAUGGCGCGUUACGGACAGAGGCCCGAGAACGCCCUGAAACGGGCGAACGAGUUCAUAGAAGUGGGUAAACCAGCUCGAGCAUUAGAUACAUUACAAGAAGUCUUCCGUAAUAAAAAAUGGACGUACAACUGGUCAGAGUCCGUCUUGGAACCUAUAAUGUUCAAGUAUCUGGACCUCUGUGUGGAAUUAAAGAAGUCACACAUAGCGAAAGAAGGCUUGUUUCAAUACAGAAAUAUGUUUCAAUCUGUCAAUGUUGGGAGUUUGGAGAAUGUUAUACGUGGUUAUUUGAAAAUGGCUGAAGAGAAGACUAAUGCAGCACGCAAACAGAGUCAACAAGCAGUAAUUGAUAUUGAUGAUCUUGAUAAUCUUGCCACACCUGAGAGCAUCUUACUAUCAGCUGUAAGCGGUGAAGAUGCGCAAGACAGGAGCGAUCGUACUAUUUUAACACCCUGGGUGAAAUUCUUGUGGGAAUCAUACUGCCAAUGCUUGGAGUUGCUCAGAACUAAUGCGCAUGUAGAAACUCUUUAUCAUGAUAUCGCACGUAUGGCCUUCCAGUUUUGCCUCGAGUAUAAUCGUAAGACUGAAUUUCGUAAAUUAUGCGAGAAAUUGCGGAAGCAUCUUGAAGAGAUAUGUAAAUUGCCUCCGCUCGUGUCGAAUGUUUCUAUGAAUAAGGCGGAAACGCAACAGCUAAAUCUAGAAACUAGAUUAAAUCAAUUAGAUUCUGCGAUACAAAUGGAAUUGUGGCAGGAAGCCUUUAAAUCUUCGGAGGACGUUCAUGGUAUGAUGAAUUUGUCGAAGAAGCUCCCUGUACCAAAAACAAUGGCCAAUUAUUAUCAGAAAUUGGCUAUGGUUUUCUGGAAGGCUGGCAAUUAUCUGUUUCACGCAGCUGCAUUGUUCAAACUUUUACAACUCUCUCGAGAAAUGAAAAAGAAUAUGUCCUCAGAGGAACAGCAGCGAAUGGCCAAUCGGGUAUUAUUGGCAACAUUGUCGAUACCGUUGCCAUCCGCGCAUCCUGAAUUUGAUCGAUUCAUAGAGACUGACAAGAGUCCGCUAGAAAAAGCUCAAAAGCUCGCGACUCUUUUAGGUCUCUCGCAACCACCAACUCGCGUCUCUCUGUUGAAGGACAUUGUUCGUUUGAAUGUUGUCGUUCUUGCGUCACCACAGUUGCAAGAAUUAUAUUCGUGGUUAGAAGUGGAAUUUCAUCCGUUAGAACUCUGUAGCAGAGUCGAUUCCGUCAUUCAAACGUUACAGGUAGACGAAAACAGUCCGUUAAUCCAAUAUAUCCCAGCCUUGCAGGAUGUUACACUUGUGCGUCUUGUUCAUCAGAUUUCUCAAGUUUAUCAAACUAUACAAUUUUCCAGACUCCUGGAACUUGCCAAAUUCACCAUCGAUUUUCACCUUGAACGUCUUUUGGUAGAUUGCGUGCGCUAUAAUGACAUGCAGAUCAGAAUAGAUCACGGCAAAUCAUGUGUUCACUUUGGAGUGGAUCUCUCGGAGGCGCAACGAGAAGAUCAUCCGGACGGUCCGGUAUUGCAAGCAAUGCCCUCCGAACAAAUACGCUGCCAACUGGUAAACAUGGCGACCGUGUUGCAUCGUGCCAUUAAUGUAAUAAAUCCUAAUAAAAAGAAAUUCGAGCGCGAAAAAGUACGCAAUGUGUUGGUUGCUCAUUAUCAUGAAACUAAAAUCAAGGAUCAUCAGAAAAUAUUAGGCAGGCACAAAAUUAUCGAGGAACGAAAGGAAUACAUUGAGCACAUCAAUACGGUCCGCGAAGAAGAAGAGAUGCGCCGACAGGAGGAACUUCAGCGACAACAAAUGUUGGCUGAACAGAAGCGACUGGAACAGGAACGGGAGGAACGUGAAAGAAAGCGUCAACAAAGCGAGAUUCAGCAGAUCAAGGAUCGCCAUCUCAAAGAAAAGAUGCAGCAGAUUUCACAGACAAGUCACGGGCAAAAGGUGCUGAAGAAACUAGAUGAGGAUGAAAUUAAAAAACUGGACGCGGAACAAAUUGCGGCGCGGGAAGCUGAAGAGUUACAGAAAGAGCGCAGAGAGAUGCAACAGAAGCUCAAGUCCCAGGAGAAGAAAGUCGAUUAUUUGGAGCGUGCUAAACGACUCGAGGAGAUUCCAUUGCUGGAGAAGGCCGUGCAGGACAGGAUGCAACAGGCGAAACAACUCUGGCGGCAGCAGGAGGAUGAGCGAAUUGCCGCAGCUAUCGAAGAGAGACAGGAGGCUGUCGCGACUCAAGAGCGCUUAGCGCGUAUGAAAGAGGAUCACGGCAUUUUCUUAGCUAAGAUCUUAGCUGAGCGUAGAAACAUAUACACAGAAAAACUGAAGGAAUUUGAGAAAUUAUUGAAUGAGGAGCGCGUUAAGCGAUUAUUGAAGCGCAAAAUGGAACGUAAAGCCGAGCGUAAAGCAAAAUGGGAGAAGGAACGCGCAGAAGCUGCAGAACGAAGACGAUUGGAAGAAUUGCGUAUCAAACAAGAAGAGGAAAAGAAACGUCUUGAAGAGGAAAGAGCUAAGAGAGAGGAGGAGGAGAGAAUUAGACGGGCCGAAGAGGAAGCCAGAGAAGCCGAACGUAUGGCUAAGCUUAAAAAACAAGCUGAGAUUAUUAGAGCUAAGGAAGCUGAAAUUGAACGUAAAUUGGAGGAAGAACGAUUGAGAGAUAAAGAAAUGGCUUCAACAUGGCGGCGUGGUUUGGAUAAUGAUCGUGAUCGCGAUCGUGAUCGUGAUCGCGAUCGUGAACGUGACCGUGAUCGUGACCGUGACCGUGAUCGUGACCGUGAUCGCGAACGUGAUCGCGAUGGUCCAAAACCUUCGAUGGAGUCAUGGCGACGUAAUCCUGACAAGGAUUCUGAUGGACUUAAAAACGACACAGAUCGCUGGAGGAAACGCGAUGACAAGAUUGAGGAUUCUUCAUGGAAGAGAAGGGAAUCAGAAAGGGAACCACGUCGCGAUAUGGACAAGUGGAGAAGAAACGAUGACUCGGACCGAUGGAAGAAGGAUACUAUGGAGAAAUGGAGAAAAGAUGAUAACUACGAUAGAGAAGAUUUAAGAGAUCGAGAUAGGCUAGAUAACCGUGGGUUCGACAAGAGAGAUGAUCGCGACCGUGAUCGUGACCGUGACCGUGACCGUGACCGUGGAAUAGAUGGACGUGGAAUACGCGAGAUUUCACGUGACACGAUACGCGAUGAUCGAGAUAGAGAUCGAGAUCGUGAUCGUGGUAGAAUGUCCGACCGCCGUGGUGGUUACCGCGAUCGCCGUGAUGAACCAGCACGGCCAAAUACUAAUCAGGACUGGCGGAAACGCGACCCACCUCAAGAUUCCCCAAGAGACCCACCCAAGCGCGAACGAGAGGAUCGUAAAGAUGACAGACUUCCGCCUAGAUCUGACGAGAGAAGGCGACCAUUAGAGGAUGAUGGUUGGUCGAAAGUUAGUCGGCGCUGACAUCAAAGCCUCAGUUAAUCACAUGUAAAACACACACACACACACACACACACACACACACACACACACACAUGUAGCUUUAUAUAAGUUUAUUAUUCUCUAAAGAUAUAUUAUGUACAUGAAUAGACUUUUUAUCUAAUACGGAAGUCUGUCCAUUUUUAUUAUUUAGUGUGUGGCUUUAUUCUUCCAGACAAGAAAGUGGGAGGGAAAUAACUUUAGUGGUAGAUGUAUAGCGAAAAUUUUAGAAACAAGAUAUUUUGAUUAGAUGUAAUAGAUUAUAUUGAUUAUUGUGCAAAACACAGAAAUAACAGAUCUACAUUUGAAAUAUCUGAUCCAAUAUAAAUUCAAAUUAUUUAAGUCGUUUAGAUGUUUCAAAUUUACACAGAUUCGCUUUUUUUUGUUUUGAAUAGUUGAUGAUCAUUCUGUUAUCAUAAUCAAAAUAUCUCGUUUCAAAAAAUUAGAGAAGAUAUAAAAAUAUCAAUAAAAUUCUCUUCUAUCCUA